AUGCCACUAACAAAAAAACUCAACCGGAUCAAUUUCGGUCUCGCUUCAAAAACUUGGAAUACAAUCUUCAGAUGGCGUCUCAAUGAUUUUUUUCUCUGUGUGGUGCUUCUCAUAAUUUACGGUGCCCUUUAUUUUGCCCCUCCGUUUGAAAGAGAGUUUUAUGUUAACGAUCUCUCGAUAUCUCAUACUUAUGCCACCUCUGAACUUGUUUCUACUACCGAAUUGGGAAUAUAUGCCAUUAUGGUACCUGUGAUUAUCAUCGUUAUUCUUGGGUUAUCUCUCAGUAACGAGAAACGGUAUUAUGUCACCUGGAUCUCGUUCAUGGGGCUUUUACUUUCAGUUUCGGUAACCUCGUUCCUUACUGGAAUUUUGAAAAAUUGGAUUGGUAGACCUCGUCCUGAUUUCAUUAGCCGUUGUCAGCCUAUGGACGACACUGAUGAAGAUACUUAUGUUCUUCCAUCAAAAGUGUGCCAGCAGACCGACUUGGCACUUCUCAGAGAUGGUAUGAGAUCGUGUCCUUCUGGCCAUUCCAGUACCGCGUUUUCAGGGCUCGGGUAUUUAACUUUCUGGAUCUUGGGGCAAACUUUGGCGUAUCAUAAGAAAACCGGGUCUUGGAGAACCUGUUUUGCAUUCAUCCCUAGUCUAAUUGCCGGAUUGAUUGCCAUCAGCAGAACUGAAGACUAUCGCCACAGAUAUUCCGAUGUCGCUUUGGGUAGUUUAUUAGGGGCCAUUAUUGCUUAUUGGUCUUACAAACGGAACUUCCCGAACUUUAAUACCAAUUUGUGUUAUGUUCCUUGUCAAUUGAUCGAAGAGAAUAACUUGGAAAAUGCAGUAGUAGUGGAUUUUGAUGAUAAUUCGGGGCAUGAUAAUUAUCAACGAGCAUUUCAAAGUGAUGAAGAGAAUAGAUUGUACACAAAUUAG